UUGAUGACGUAGUUUGUAGGCGGCUAAUUCUGUCUAUUGUGUUUAUCUUGAGCCCACCACAGUUGUCUCGUGAAUGGAUAAAGCAUUGGCGUUAAAGACUCUUACCCCCGUUUGGACAUGGACUGGAACACAUCUUAAAUAUUAGUCAGCUGUGCACAAAUGCAAAAAUGAACAAAGGGUGGCUGGAGCUCGAGAGUGAUCCAGGACUGUUCACUUUGCUGGUGGAAGAUUUUGGUGUCAAAGGUGUCCAAGUAGAGGAAAUAUAUGACCUCCAAAGCAAAUGUCAAAGUCCGGUCUAUGGCUUCAUCUUCCUGUUCAAGUGGAUUGAGGAGCGCCGUUCCAGGAGGAAAGUUAACACUUUGGUGGAUGAGACCUCUGUCAUCGAUGAGGAAAUUGUAAAUGAUAUGUUCUUUGCUCAUCAGCUGAUACCAAAUUCAUGUGCCACCCACGCUUUGUUGAGUGUGCUUCUGAACUGCAGCGGCGUUGAGCUCGGCACCACUCUCAGUCGCAUGAAGGCUUUCACAAAAGGCUUUAGUCCAGAGAGUAAAGGUUAUGCAAUAGGAAACGCCCCAGAGCUUGCAAGAGCACAUAACAGCCAUGCCAGACCGGAGCCCAGGCACCUGCCGGAGAAACAGAAUGGGAUCAGUGCGGUGCGGACCAUGGAAGCCUUCCACUUUGUCAGCUACGUGCCCAUCAAAGACCGGCUUUUUGAGCUUGAUGGACUCAAGGCUUACCCCAUUGACCAUGGGCCCUGGGGAGAGGAGGAGGAAUGGACUGAUAAAGCUCGGCGGGUUAUCAUGGAGAGGAUUGGCCUGGCCACUGCUGGUGAGCCGUACCAUGACAUUCGCUUCAACCUGAUGGCAGUGGUGCCUGACCGCAGGAUGAAGUAUGAGUCCAAACUGGAAAUUCUAAAGAGGAAUCGGCAGACUGUUCUGGAGGGUCUGCAGAAGAUGAUCCGGCUCACUCAGCCCGAGCUUGUCCAUGACAAGAAGCAACAGGACUCUUCCACUCCUGAUGAUGGCACCGCUGCAUUAAAGAAAGAGGCAAAUGUGGUGCCAGUUACAUCACAGGGGACAGAUCAGGCUUCUUCAGAUUCAGUGGAUGAGCCAGGAGCUCAGUCUAAGGAUGCACCCAGCCCCUCGGCAAACACAAAGGUCAUGGGCAAACCACCAGUCCCCACAGGAGGUGCCCAGCAAGUCACCAGUCCCAACCCCAUUGUUCAACGCCUGCCUGCCUUCCUGGACAACCACAACUAUGCCAAGUCUCCAAUGCAGGAAGAGGAGGACCUUGCUGCUGGAGUUGGUCGAUCUCGAAUAACGGGGCCUCCCCAGACCCAAUACUCCGAUGAUGAAGAUGACUAUGAGGAUGAUGAGGAGGAAGUGACUGGUUCUGCAGGCGCAUCUAACAGAUAUAGACGGAAGGCAAGUCUGCGCACACGAACUGGACGGGUAGGGACUGGAAUGGAGAGCCAGAUUGCCCUCACCGUAUUGGCUGAGAAGCUGAAGAAGGAGGCUCAAAGGAAAGAUGCCUUGAACACACCCCUUUCUGUACACACAGAAGGGCGCACCGGUGGCAUUUGUAUCACAUCUGCUUCCCAGCCUUCCCCCACACCCAGCAACGAAAGCACCGACACCGCCUCCGAGAUUGGCAGCGCCUUCAACUCCCCGCUGCGCUCACCCGCGCGCUCCCAGGCCGCCACGCGCCCGUCCAGUCCGGUUGCAUCCCAUCUGUCUCGUGUGCUGUUUGGAGAGGAUGAGCUGCUGAGGCUAGACUCGAGACAUAAUCGUGCUGUGCGAGAGCUGGGUCCCUCUGUCAGCGUUGCCUUGUUACACCUGAAAGAGGAUGGAGUCAUCUGCGCUCUCCCUCCAUCUGUAGAUUUGGCCGCUGAUGGCACAAAGCAGCCUUGUACCUCUGAGAACGCAAAAGACAAAGAGCAAGCACGCCUCGAAGCAGGAGAGAAGGAAAGAGUGAACGAGGGACCAUCUGUGGAGGUGAAAGAAGAGGAGAGCAAAGAUGGAGCUGAGGUGAGACCUAGCAAGGAAAAGCCCAGCACUGUGGAAACUGCGGCAGACAGCAAGCCCCCUGGGGAAAAGUACACUCCCAAAGAGCUGCUUGCACUGCUCAAGUGUGUAGAGGCUGACAUAGCCAAUUAUGAGGUGUACCUAAAGGAGGAAGUAGAAAAGAGAAAGAAAUACAAAAUUGAUGAUCAGAGGAGGACUCAUAAUUACGAUGAGUUCAUCUGUACCUUUAUAUCAAUGCUGGCCCAAGAAGGCAUGUUGGCCAGCCUUGUGGAGCAAAACAUUUCUGUGCGUCGUCGGCAGGGAGUGAGUAUCGGCCGCUUGCACAAACAGAGGAAGCCUGACCGCAGGAAACGCUCCCGACCUUACAAAGCCAAGCGCCAGUAAUUACAAACAAUCAUAACUUCUGUGAGUAACUUACUCCUGUGAGCAGUGAGCAAUCACCGCAGAAAAAAAGAAACUGAAGCACUCCUCAAACUCUCAUAAAGGCAGUUUUGUAUAAUAUUUUAGUGAGAGCCUCCUCUUAUUCGUGAAAUUGACCAUAGUUCUUUUAUCAUUUAUGUGUGUAUAUAUAUAUAUAUAUGUACUACCGUUUUAAUCUCAAGGUAAAUGUUCCUCUUUCUCGUGCUACUACUAUUGACAGUUUGUAAAUAUGAACAAAGACAUGUCCCCAAAAGUGAUGCGCCUGAAUAUAUUUUUCAUCUCUCAAAGUAUUCAUUCUUAUCGAAAGAACCUCUGUCCAGUUGUGUGGUCAGUACAGUUUAGUGUGCCACUAAAUAUAGAAUUUGGUAACAUUAAGUCAAUAUUUCCUCAACUGUAUCCUUUGCUGAUGUUUUUAUGGUGCCAAUGAAGUGUUGAAUGUUUUGACAAACAAGGCCAUGUGUUUUAUUCAUCCAUUUCAGUUAUUAUCUGUUCACUGUAAUUCAUUAUACAGCAUGUUUUAAUCACAUUCUUCACAGACAAUUUUAAACUCAAGAAGUUGUGAUCCAUCAAGUUUCUUUCUUUCCAUUUGCGUGUCUUUAGCUGAAGGUCUCUUGCUGUGUGUGUAUGUAUCUUGAGGUCCUGCAAAUGGAAAAACAAGCUCCUGUGUUACUUUUGUACCUGAAAUGGAUCUCAAAGUGAGUGAAUAUUGAGUCGGAUGUGUGCCCUUGUGUGUUUUGUACAUAUGUAUCUGUUACUUGGCUCACCUGUUCACUGAGUUCUGUUGCUCUUUGUGCUUGCCAAUUUAUUCUUCAAUAAAGUCAAUGAGAAUAUCUUGCUAUAA